AAACAGAUUCUGCAGAACUUGAGAAACAUCUUGAAUAUCUUAAUAUUUUUACUCAACAUAAUAAUUGGGUUUUACAACGUAUUAUUCAUGAUAAUCAGUUUGCUCCUCUUGGUAAUAUCAUGAAUAAGUUAAAUUCUAGAAUUAACACUACUUUGCACUAUAAUACUGUUAGAAAAUACCUUCAUGAUAAUGGUUUUGAUAGUUAUGCUAUGUGUAAAAAACCUCUUUUAACUAAAAAACAACAAAAAAAUAGAUUUAAAUGA